GGCAGAGGGCGCCACUAAUUAACAUGUUGCUGUUUUGAAGUAGGCAAGGAAAAGUUUAAUUUUCUAUUCAUUAUUUUUUUUCAUUCUUCGUUACAUUUAAAAAAAAACAUGGUUAUUUACUUCACAACAAAUGUUAUUUCUCCACCUAUGACAAUUUUCAUGGGAAACGACAAAUAUGAAAAUGAAGAUUUAAUUAAAUGGGGUUGGCCUGAAGAUGUUUGGUUUCAUGUUGACAAAGUUUCUUCGGCACAUGUUUAUCUUCGCUUACAAAAAAAUCAAACAUUAGAUGAUAUUCCCACAAGUGUUUUAGAAGAUUGUGCCCAGUUAGUUAAAGCAAAUAGCAUACAAGGUAAUUUUAUCAACGAUUUCGAUAUACAUAUAUAUACAUAUUAUUUGAAAAAGACAGCAGGCAUGGAAGUAGGACAAGUUGGAUUUCAUAAUCAGAAAGAGGUACGUGUAAUUCAAGUAGCAAAGCGAAUAAAUGAAACAAUUAAUCGGCUUAAUAAAACAAGAUCAGAAGUAGAACAUGUUGAUUUAAGAGCUCAAAGAGAAGAAAGGGAUAGGAAAGAAAGAGAAAAUGAAAAAAAAAUUGCUAGAGAACUUAAAGAAAAAGAAAAGAAAGAACAGAAAAUGAAACAGGAAUUAGCUGAACAAAGGAGUUAUUCUGCACUUAUGAAGCCAGAAUACAUGAAAUCUAAUAAGGAAAGUGACAAUGAUUCUGAUGAAUUCAUGUGAUGAAGAAAGUAUCAACAUAUUAAGAUUAAAAAAAAUUCAUUUAUUAUUGUGCAGUAUGCAAUUCUAUGGUGAUAUAUUUACAAGAUAUUGUGAUGAUCUGUGUGUGUUGUGUGUAUGUGUACACAUGUAUAUACAAAUAUAUUAACUAAAGUAUGAAUAAAAAACAUGCAUUGAAUCUUCAGUCAGCACACUCAUGGAUUAAUUAAAUCUGGUUCUAUAUCCUGACCCUGUAAUUGGAAAAAAUCUGUAAUAAAUGAAUUCUUUUUGAUGUUUAAUGCA